AUGGGCCUUCCAUCUGUCAACGCAGCCUCCUACAUUUCAUCCUUGUCUCCGGAAAUGAAGAUAGAAGUCACGGUUGACAGAGGCUCACCACUGGGCCCUUCUGGGUCCGCUGCGAUCCGGAUUCGACAACAGUGCGUGCGGCCACACGCGACCAAAGCCCUCCCGCUAUUCUACCGCAACAUUGAGGACGCUCUCGACGUCCGCCGCGCCGCACACAACUUCUACUCCAUCUCACAAAACAGUUGGCAGACAUACGACCAUGUCGCUGAUUUUUGCUCAGGAGAUAUCCUGGGCCUCGCAGCCAGCCCGGAACGGCGUGCCGAGUUCUUGGCCGAGCAGGCGGCCCACCCGGAUUUCAGCCUGGGAUCAACCGGCGUCCGGCUCAUGGACGGCAACUACCCUUACCUAGAGGAGGCCGAGAGCCAGAUCGCCGCCUUUCACGGCGCAGAGGCCGGGCUUCUUGUGAGCUCGGCCUUCGAGGCCAAUAUCGCCGUCUGGACUGCUAUCCCACGACCGGGGGACGUCAUCUUGUACGAUUCCCUAGUUCACGCCAGUACUCUUGAGGGUAUCAAACAAUCCCUAGCUAUCCAGAAGAUCGAAUUUCCUCAUAGCGACAUUGAGGCCUUCCGAUCGGCAUUGCAGGAUGCCCUUGAUACGCAGCCGCUCGUGCGACAGGGAAAGCGUUGUGUUCUUGUUGCGCUUGAGUCCUUCUACAGCAUGGACGGAGAUGUGUGCCCACUCCAAGAAUUUAUCAGCGUUGCAAAGGAAGUAUUCCAUGGCCAAGAGGGAAAUGUUCAGUUCGUGGUGGACGAGGCACAUAGUGUUGGGGUCAUUGGGCCUAAGGGCGCAGGGUUGGUUUGUGAACUGGGUCUGCAGGAUGAGAUCGCGGUUGUUGUGCACUCAUAUGGGAAGGCAAUGGGCGCGACAGGUGGUACGCUUUCCUCUUCUAGCAUAUGGAAUAGGACCGUAAAGAGUGCCCUUGUCAACUUUGGCCGCUCUAUCAUCUAUACCACCUCGCCAUCAUUUCUCUUUGUGGCAGCCAUCAAAUCCGGUUAUUCUUUGCUGACAAGUGGCCGCACACUUGAGGCCCAAGAACACAUUCAGGAACUGGCCAGGCACUUCUAUGAGUCUAUUACCUCACAUCCUGAUUGGGAAAAGGCUGAAGAAGACGGGCUUCUUUCCGUUCCCUUGGUAGAGGGGUGGGAAGAACGCCCCUUUUUCACUCACAUUGUCACAGUAUCCACCCGCCAGAAAUAUGUAUGGUGGCUAUACUUCGCGUUGCUAUCAGCUGGUUUCUGCACCUUUCCCGUGAAUUACCCAGUUGUGCCCCUUGGACAAGGCCGGCUUCGCAUCAUACUCCACGCUUCCAACACUCAUGAGCAGGUUACCCAAUUUAUAGAUGCGACAUUCGCGUGGGUGGAGGAAAUGAGGGAGAUAGAAGCUGGAGCAACGACAGAGAAGGUGUCAAAGGCAGCAAAGGAGUUCUACACAUGGAUGAAAGAAGAAAACCUAAGCGGAUAUGGCUUUGCCGAGUAG